AAGCAACGCGUACUCACAGAUGCGCACGCAAAUCGAAACUCCUUGUAUCUCUAAUCUGUCCUUGCAUCGAUAUUCUAUAUAAACAAAUCCCAAAAGAAAUAAUAUCCAUUACAGGUAAAUUCUUCUCUCUCAAAGAAUCAAGAACACCCGCAUAAAAGAAGAAGAAAGAAAGAAAGAAAGAAAGAAAGACAGGAAAGCUUUUGUUAACUUUCAAUCUCAAACAGCAAAAAUCUGUUUGUGAUACAAUUCUUCUGUAUUAUUUUCAAUUUAUAUAGCAUUAAAUUGAAGUUGAAGAAAGAUGGGAGGUGGAAAGGACAAGCCUGACAAUGAGUCUACUGACAAAGGCCUGCUUUCGAAUCUUGCUGGAUAUGCUGCUGGUUACCACACCCCACAUGGAUCAUAUGCUCCACACGGUUAUCCUCCUCAACAAUAUCCCCACCAGGGCUACCCGCCUGCUGGAUAUCCUCCUCCUGGUGGAUAUCCUCCAGCAGGUUAUCCUCCUCCAGGUGGCUAUCCUCCUCCAGGCGGUUACCCUCCAGCUGGUUAUCCUCCAGGUGGUUACCCUCCAGCUGGUUAUCCCGGGCCAUCAGGUCCGCACCAUUCAGGGCAUGGAUCUGGUGGUAUGGGGACACUGUUAGCUGGGGGGGCAGCUGCAGCAGCUGCUGCUUAUGGGGCUCAUCACUUGUCGCAUGGACAUGGACAUGGAUAUGGGUACGGCGGCUUUGGUCAUGGGAAGUUCAAGCACGGAAAGUUUAAGCAUGGGAAGUUUGGGAAGCGCUGGAAGGGUGGAAUGUUUGGGAAGCACAAGGGCAAAAUGUUCAAGAGGUGGAAGUGAUUCCUACCUAUUUGACUCUCUCUCCUUACCUCUAUGGCUGGUUUUGGAUUUUUGAAGACUGUCUUUUGCUUAACCUGAUGAAUCUACAUUCAAUUCAGGUGUUACUAUUGACUAUAGUGGUUACAUGCAUGUAUAAUAUUUGCUGCUUUAUUUGGUUUCUUUGGUAUAUGGAUAAUUUGGUCAUUCCAGGAAGAAAGGAGCUACAUUGUUGACCUCCUGUAACAUUUAUCGACAUUUGCACUGGUUCUUCUCUCUUGUGCUUUUGCCAGGGAAAUGGAAUUCAGUAGUUUGAAUAUUGUUUGUACAACAGAAAAUACACGUGAUGGUCUUUUUAUUCUUUAA